AUGAAUACUGCAGCAGCCAUAGAAAAUCGAGAUAUUAACCAUGAUAUAACUAUUGAGACUGAUGAAAUACAAACUACUGAACAUUAUAAAAGUAAAAGUAAAAAUAAAAGUAAUACACAUAAGAAAGAAAAUAUCUUUGAUUUGAGAUCCCACAUUUAUGAUAAUAUACACAAUAUAUUUGAAGAGGGAAGGCAAGAAAUAGAACCAAAGAAUAAAAAUAUGGAUAAAAUGAGAGAAUACUUAAAUACCCUUGAAACAAAACUCAUUUUAGAGAUGAGACAUAAAACAGAGUGUAUUUUCCUAAAUGAAUACUUGAGCAAUAAAAGAGUCCCCAGGGGACUAAGAAUUAAAAAAGAAUGCUCUUUUAAAAAUAUAGAUUCUAACUUUAAGAAAAAAUGGAGGGACAUACUAGAGGAAACAUCAUUUAAAUUAAUGAACCUUAUCAAAGAGUAUAGAGAAGAUCAACUAUUACAAUUAGGAAAUGAGAUAAAUGAAAUUGAAACUCAAAUAAUGGACUUUAAAGAAAUAACUGAAUAUAAAAAAAGAGAAGAAGAAAUAAAACAAUUACUGAUAAAAUCAAAACAAGAAUUAGUAGAUAAUACAUUCAAAAAAUUUGAAAGAGAUAAAAUAGACUAUCAAGCCUAUGAAAAAGAACCAAAUGGUGAUGAGUAUAUAAGCCACAAAUGGAGGGGCAAUAAAAUAGAGAAAUCAGCAAAUACAAAUAAUGACAUACAAGAAGAAAAAAAUGAACACCAUAGGCCUCCUGUAACAGAUAGAGAGCAAACAAACCAAUAUAAUCCUAACCUAAGACCCUCUUGGCAAAAGGUGGAAUAUAAAAAGGGAAAUAACAAUCAAAAUAAAUAUGAAAAGAGACAACAUUAUCAAAACUACUAUACAUACAACUCCGACAAACAAAGUUACAAUACAUACAAUUCAAACAAUUGGCGGAACAAUUGGGGUAUAUCCAAUAGAAGAACCUUUGAACAUCCAAGAACAUAUGAACACCAAAAUUAUAACUAUUACGAACACCAUAAUUCAUAUAACAGACCCAGAAAUAGUGAACAUUUAAGAUCAUAUGAACACCAAACCAACAACUAUUACGAACAUAAAAACACUUACAACAGACCAUAUAAUAGCUAUAAUAGCUACAAUAAUCACAACAGGUUCUCUGCCUUAGAUAAAUAUGAAACAGAAAAUAGAUUUGAAAGCAAAGACCAAACAAAAAGAGAUGAAGACCAAAUAAGAAAUACAACUAAAAACAGCUCCAAAAAAUCACAAGAUUUUUUAGAACUAGGCCCACAACAAAGCUCAGGAAGAAGAAAAAGAAGACAUUCAGAAAGAGGGGAACUAGAGGAGGUAGAUCAAAAAGAACUAAGAGAACAACAGCAUCCACAAAAAACCCAGUUCCAAGAAUUGAAAAGAAAGAAAUAA